AUGCUAUCGGAUCCGGGCAACAGCGCGGAGGCGUGCGCAGAGAUUCACCGGCUGCUCUCCUCCGGCUCCCUGAGCCGGCUGCUCGACAGCUGCCGCAGCAUGCACCUCGAUCUCUCGGCGUCGCCGCUGAUGCCGGCCUUUGCCAACGCGUGCCUUCCCGUCGCCGAGGUCCAGCGAUGGAUUGCGGAGCACUCGGACUCGUCCGUCGCCCGGCCACCCAUGGAUCUGGCGCCGGGGUCGGUCUUGACUGUGCCCGGCGUCAUCGUGAAUGGCGUGCACGCGCACAGCCCGCGAGCUCCGCCGCCGCGUGUGGCCAGCCUCUCCGUCGCGCUCGAGGCGGAGGCGCAAGGGACGGCGAUGGCCCUCGCAGGCCUCUCCCGCUCGAACCACGCACUCGCCCUUGGGGGUGGCACCUCGCCCGAGCUGUCUCGAACCCAGGCGGAGCAAAUGCUGGUCGACCUCGAGCGGCGAGCGGUGCAAUGGGCGCAGCAGGCGUCGGCGAUGCGCGGGGAGUCGCGCAUGCUGCGUAGCGCCGCAACGGUGGACCACUCACGGCUGCAGUCCAUCGAGCGCAUCCUCCUCUCCACCGUGGAAGACUUGCAGCGCAGCCACGACGCGCGGCGGGUUGAGACGACGGCCGAGCAAGACCACGCCACCGCAACCAAAGAGCGCAAAAAGGCACGCCGGCAGAACCACCGCUACGAGCAAAAGUCGUGGUUCAGCAAACACGAGCUCGACCCGUACCCCAACGGCGAGGAGAAGCUGGCCCUUGCGCGGUUUACGAAUCGCCGCAAGCGGCACUGGAGAGCGACGGAGAGCGACGCAGCGGGAGCGGCGCCAGCACAGGGGGCAACUACUGAGCAAGGCGAAGAGGAGCAUGCGGGAGUCAGCGACGACGAUCUGAUGGAUUGA